GGCGCCGAGCUGGGAGCGCAGCGGACUCCCGGAAAGCAGCGGCAGCGGCGGGAAGGGGCUCCAAGGAGCAAAGAAUGGCGGCGAGGCGCUGCCGGGAGCAGCAGAAGGCAGCGAGGAGAAGCCGUGAAGCUGCAGAGCGGCGGAGUUGUCUUUUUUCCUUCGCAGGCUUGAAUCUUCCUUCCGCCUUGCUGUGCUGUGGGGAGCAGCUGGAGGCGAUUCUCUUGCAUGAGCGAGGGGUGCAGCCUGGUUCCACCCGGCCCUGAGCUCACGGAAGGGCUGGCUGCCCGCAGGGAAGGAGCUCUGCUUGAGGUCUGCUCCUGGGUGGGCUUUUGUGUGCCCUGUUCCUCAGGAAGGGCUAAGCAGUGCUGGGGUUAUUUGCUAGAUGGAGUGCGUUUGUGUUUCUUGGCUUCCUGAAAGCUGUGUCUGUCUUUUUCACUGCCGGCUGGAGAGACUCGGGGGAGAAAGCGUUGUGCUUGAUGGCACGGUUUCCUUGGGCAAAGGGUGCUUUGGCAGCAGAGGUUUGCUGUCAGGAGGCAUGAAAGCACUGAAGCCAAUGCUGCCGUGCCCUGGGCCCAGAGACAUCAGCUCCCAGCACGUCCCUGGCGGUGGAUGUGUGCAAGCUCUGUGUCUGCCAGUGGUUGCUCCAAAGGCUUUGUGGUCAGCUGUGCGUGGCUGUUUUGCUCUUGAGGGCGUGGGAACAGAGGGCAACACGCUGAUGGGAGUGAUGGUGUCCUGCUCAGCAAUGGAUGUGCUGGGUGGCAGAAGAGGAUUCUUGGCCGAGCGUGGAAAAUCUCUCUGCUCCUUCCUGAAGGACACAGUAUUCCACUUGGAAAGGGCCUCCAACGAUUUCUGGUAUCCUCUGAGAGCUCUGAGCUGCCACACCAAUUUGAAGCUGACUUCAUUUUUGGUCUUCCCCUUCAGCAGAAAAGCUCAGACAGCCGAGCCAAGCGAGACGCUGGAUUUCCUUUGGCAUCAAGGAAAGCAUCGUGAGAUGUUCUGAUGCCCUCUCACAAUUCUUUCUCCCUCCGCCAGCACCAGAGCUGGCGUCCAAAGACGCAAUGACACUGCCACAGGCAUUGUGGAGAUUUGUAUGGGAUAGGCCCAUGGUAAGGCUUUAUUGACAGAGGGAGGGACAAUGAAGAUUGGAUGUCAGGGAGAAGGUCUUUCCAGAGACGGUGGUGAGAUGCUGGAAGUGGAUGCCCAGAGAGCUUGUGGACGCCGCGUCCGUGGCAGUGUUGAAGGCCAGGUUGGAUUGGGCACUCGGCAGCCUAGUCUAGGAUUAGAUAUGAUGCAGAUGGGAUUCAAGCAUCUGUUUUGCAGCCAGCUCGAGUGGAGCUCUUGGAGCUCAUGGGCGCCCCAUGCCCGCAUCAGCGUGGGUAGUGUGUGCCCUUCCUGCGCGAUGGGGCUUUGCUGUUUGGAGGCUGACGCUGAGGAGACUGUGUUUCUUCGUUUAUCGGUGGCAGAAAUCCAGCUCUGUCAGCAGAGGACUCCUGCGGCUGGCUGGCCUCAGCCUGAGAUGUUGAUGCUUCCAUCUCCUCAGGUUCUUUCUGCCUGCUCUUCUUAGCCCUGCGCCUGAGAAGUCUGACUGAGUCACAUGCCAGAAGUGGAAGCCGGGAUGGAGUGCCUUGCGAUGCCUGCGACGGGCUGGACUGAGCCCUUGAGGAAGGUCUGGAAUCAUUGCUGAAAGAUUCGUUGGCUUUGGGCAACUUCAGCACCGCAGCCACACGAUGGGCUUUUUCCGCUUCCUGUUCUUCCUCACGGAAGCUCACGUGUUUGGUUCCCGGGGCUCGGCCCAGGUCUUCUUGGCUGUCGGUUUCUGCCUGGCCCUGCAGCUGGCAGGUCAGCGGCUGCUUUUGUUCUUCAGGCACUCCAGGGAUGGCUGGCAGCAGACUGAAAGGACAGAGCAGGAGGGGUCCGCCUGAGUGGGUGAUGGCUUUGGGGCCGCAUCCUGCAAGCCGGAGCCAGGACCCUUGGCUGCAACGCAGCCUUCCCCACAGACAGCUCAGCGGCUGCCCCGUGGCUCUCCCCCGUGGGAUCCAGAGAGGGGCCAGCCCUGUGAGCUGGGGGGCUCCUGGCGUCCCCAUCCCAGCACUGUUGGGCAGCCAGAAACAGGGAUCCUUUGGGGCUAGGGAAUGGGCUCUCAUUGGCUCAGUCAAUCACCCCCAUGCACAUCCCAAGCCAGAGCCUCCAGCCUCACCUGGACGUAGAGCUCUCCUUGCGCAGUAAGCUCCUUAUCCUUCGGAGUUUUCCUCCAUCUAGACUGUCCGAGCUCAAGCGUUUGAUGAAGGUUGGCUUGCCAGCAAAUCUCACUGGGAUUGGGAAGGCAGAGGAGACUCACCGUCAACCCUUUGGCUCACUCACCAGGGGCGCUCAGGCCUGUUCCCAGAACAUGCGAGAGGGCCGCUCUGCUCCCCCCACUGCUGACAUCUGUGCUGCCCGCAGACCCUCCCUGAAACCAUCUCUGGCCCCACUCCCCCUCUCUGCCAUCUUGGGACUCUCUUUUGGGAGUGCAUUAGUGACGCUGGCUUUGGGAAAGCGGAGCUGGGUGGUGACGAUGAGCUGACAGGGUGACUUUUGGGGACCAUAUCCUUUUGUUGGGGGAGGGCGGGGCCUAAGGUGCCAAGGUGCUCCUGCCAUAGCCAGGGAUGGGGGCACGUCACAGCCAGCGCCUUGGUUUUGGAGAGGCCAACAAUUCCUCGUGGGAAGAGGCCGUGCUGAGCUGGCAUGAAGCUUUGACGUAAGUUCAGCAAGGGAUUUCCCAUCUCAAGUUGGUGGCUUGUGCCCUGGAAAGGCGCUGGAUGCUGCUUUACCUUUCUUGCCCUGGGCGAGAGGUGGCAAAGCCUCCUCUUCCUUUGGUUUCCCCUCCGCAGGGAUGCCUCCUGAGGACCUGCGGCAUAUCCCAGGUGGUGGUUUGGGGACAAACUCCAUUUGAAACCUGUACGCGAGGAGACGACAGUGAGCGGUGGGACGCAGCGCUCCACCAAUCCUUGUUGCUCUCUCUGAUUGCCUGCUGACAGGCCCAUUUUCAUGCUGCAUGAUGGCCACUGCUUUCUAAAGGCUUCAGCAGGGCCAGGCUGAGAGCAACCUGAUGUGGCGCUUCUCAAGGAAGUCGUAAUAGAAUUUCAUGUGGAAGGUCAGUCCAUCGAUGUGGAGCACUCCAAUGUCCUUGAAGACAACGGCAACGUUCUCCCCAUUCUUCAGGCAGCCAGAGAGCAGGGACACGGUGCUUUGGAUGCAAGCCUGCGCUGUCUGCCAGGUCACAGAGGCAGCUGCGGCCACCUCGCUGCUCUUGAGCGGCUCCAGCUUCCUAUGGGCUGAAAAAUGGGAGGGACGGAGUUGAUGAUACGGUUGGUUUUCCGCAGUGCUUCCCUGGAACUGCUUCUUGUGGCCAUCAGCCAGAACGGCCCCGUGUUUGGACGGGCUCCUCCGAGGGGGAGGUUUGCUUUGGAGAAUGGAGGCGGUGGCCCUGUUGGCCCUGUGCGUGAAGCCAGCAAAGCUUUAAUCCUCCCUCCUACCUGGCAGGGACUCCCUGCGGGGCUUGAGGUGGUGCACGGCUAUGAGGUUUCCAGACAAGUGAAAGACGGGCCACCGCAGAGUCACUGUCCCGUCCUCAGUCCUGAUGUCUCUGGAGAUGGUGUCAAAGGAUCCGAAGGUGGGAAUCCAGACCCCCUACAAGUGGUAGAGAAAGGAAGGGCGGCAGGGUUAUGGGCCAGCUGGCUGGAGGAAGAGCCCAUGUAGCGGUCCAAGGCAGGGACGGAGCUCAGGAGCCCUCUCCCGCUGUUCAGAGGCACGAGCCAGGGCAUCGGGAAUGGCUUUGGGAAGGGGCUGCACAGUCCUCUCCUUCCCCUCGCCCUCCCAAAUGCAGCACAGCAGUCAGGGCAGAAGCAGCCUGAUGGGAUCCAGAGGCUUCCCGCGAGCGGGAUCAGCCCUGAGACAGGACAGCGCCCAGCACAAGUGAUCCUGCGGGAUUUGCAGGAAGCCCAUGGCAUGCCCAGUAGAGACACGUGGGGUGAGUUUCCUGCUUUCUGUGGAGGGGAAGAGUGGGAGGAAGUCUUGGCUGAGGCAGACAGGGAGAGGAGGAACCCGGCAUCCAACCCACCUUCUGCACCAGGAGGUGCUCUUGUACGUAGGCGGCCACCGCAUCCCAGACGGCAACUCGCUCUGGAGGGCAAAGGAAAAGCGGGUCACACUCUGCACCUGCCGCUUCCCGGCAGCCCUCCCGCUGCCAGGCGGGAGUGAGGUGGCAGAUGGAAAGUGUCGUCUGCGUGCCAAGAUUGGCUGCAGCAGCGCUCCUGUGGUGGCUGUGGAGCCGUGUACCUUCGGUGUCGGUGCAGCCGUUGCCUGAAUUGAUCUUCAAGUUGUUGACACAGAAACAACUCCUGUUCCAAAGGACUCUACGCGUAACGUUGAAGACCUGUUGCCAGGGUUUCUUAGUUUUGCCUGGCAGUUUUUUCCUUGAUUCUUUGUUGGAACGCUCACUGAAUUACCCGGCAUUGAUCCUCGACGUCAUUGUGGUGACUGCGUCGCACCCGCAACCCUAGCGGGCAGGGAGUGCUGUGUUUGGGGGAUCUGCACCUGCACUCCCCUUCUGCUGUCCUUUCUUCCCUGUAGCCUCGCUUGCUUUUGCAUUUGCACUUCUCUUAGGCUCUUGGUUCUUCCCUGUAUUCUCCCUGCUUUUCCGUCUGCAUUCUCACUCUUUUCCUGUUUUUUCUCUUCUGCUUCUCUUCUGCUGUUCUAUCCUCUGUGUAUCCUCACUGCUCUUUCAUCUCUAUCCUUGCUCUUUGGCGUUUUUUUCACCUGCUUCCUCUCCGUACUUCAUCUGCCCUGCUUUUCUUCCCUGUAACGUGACGUCUCUUUUCUUCUGCAUCUGCUCUCCUCCUCCUCUUUCUUCCCUGUAUUCUCACUGCUCAUUCUCGGGCAGCUGUGCUCCUCUUCUGUUCUUUCCUCCUUGUAUCCUCACUCUUCUGAUGGUUUCCAUUGCAUCUCACCACUGCUCUUUCACCUGCAUCUGCUUUUCUCUUCUGCUGUAUGUUUCCCUGCUUCCUCACUCCUCUUUCUUCUGCAUCGGCUCUACUCUUCUGCUCUUCUUUCUUCCCUCACUCCUUUUCCAUCUGCCCACCUCUUAGGCUCUCCCUUCUUUUCUAUCCUCCCUGCUCUUUCCUCUGCAUUCUCACUCUUCUCCUGUUCUUAUUCCCCUGCAUCAUCCUCACUCCUUUUCCCUCUGCAUCAGCACUGCUCUUCUGUUGGAUUUUGUUUCCUGUUGCCAGACUUGUCUUUAUUCUGCAUCUGCACUCCUCUUCUACUGCUCUUUCUUCUCUGUAUCCUCUCUCCUCUUUCUUCUGCCUCUACACUCCUCUCUGCUUUGCUUUGUCCCCCGUAUUCUCACUUGUCUUUCUUCUGACUGCUCUCCUCUUCUGCUCUUUGUUGUUCCCAAGUUCAGAAGAAAGCCGGAGAGGAUUUCUGUCCAAAGCACAGAGCAAGCGGCAUGGAGGAAUUGAAUCGGCACGGCCCAAAGUGAAAGAAGAGGGAUGGUCGUUUGAUGGAGAGUGCUUUUGUUACGGCCUGCAGAGCCUUUGGUGCAUCUUUUUAUUCCUUCAGGAUUUGUUAUGUUUUGUAGCACUAAGCUUAGGCCGUCCUUCUGGGGGUGAUGGGUGGAGCAGUGGCUGGAUAAGGAAGUGGCUGGAUGGUGGCACUCAGGGAGCUGCAGUCGGUGGCUCAGUGUCCAAGUGGAGCGCGGUGACGAGCGGCGUUCCUCAGGGCUCAGUGCUGGGAGUGGUGAUGGAAGCGGAUCCCUUGAACAUCUUGAUAGGCGACAGGGAGAGUGGGAUCGUGUGCACCCUUGUCGUGUGUGCAGGCGAUACUGAGCUGAGUGGUGCAGGUGAGGCGUUAGAGGGAAGGGAUGGUAUUCAGAGGGACGUGGAGAGCCUUAGAGGUGGGCCCAUGCCAGCGUGAGGAAGUUCAGCGAGGCCGAGAGCAAGGCC